AUGAUGUUACCAAGCCCGGUCACCUCCACCCCUUUCUCAGUCAAAGACAUUUUGAAUCUGGAGCAGCAGCAGCACUUCCACGGCGCGCACUUGCAGGCGGACUUGGAGCACCAUUUCCACGCGGCGCCCUGCAUGCUUGCCGCAGCCGAGGGCACGCAAUUUUCUGACGGAGGGGAGGAGGACGAGGAAGAAGAGGGAGAGAAACUGUCCUAUCUGAACUCUCUAGCCGCAGCCGACGGCCGCGGGGAUUCGGGGAUCUGUCCCCAGAGCUAUGUCCACACGGUCCUUCGAGACUCGUGCAGCGGGCCCAAGGAACGUGAAGAGGAGCCCGAGGUCGUGAGGGACCGGAGCCAAAAAAGCUGCCCGCUGAAGAAGCCUCUAGAGGCGGCCGGAGACUGCAAGGCUGCCGAGGAGAGCGAGAGGCCGAAGCCGCGCAGCCGCCGGAAGCCCCGGGUCCUCUUCUCGCAAGCACAGGUCUUCGAGCUGGAACGCAGGUUCAAGCAGCAGCGGUACCUGUCGGCGCCCGAGCGCGAGCACCUCGCCAGCAGCCUGAAGCUCACGUCCACGCAGGUGAAAAUAUGGUUCCAGAAUCGCAGGUACAAGUGCAAGAGACAGCGGCAGGACAAGUCCCUGGAGCUGGGCGCGCACGCGCCGCCGCCGCCGCCGCGCCGCGUGGCUGUACCGGUGCUGGUGCGGGAUGGCAAGCCGUGCGUCACGCCCGGCGCGCAGGCCUACGGCGCGCCCUACAGCGUGGGCGCCGGCGCCUACUCCUACAACAGCUUCCCUGCCUACGGCUAUGGGAACUCGGCUGCCGCGGCCGCAGCCGCCGCCGCCGCCGCCGCGGCCGCCGCGGCCUACAGCGGCAGCUACGGCUGUGCGUACCCGGCAGGCGGCGGCGGCGGCGGGGCCUCCCCGGCCGCCACGGCCAUGCAGCCUGCCUGCAGCGCGGCCGGAGGCGGCCCCUUUGUGAACGUGAACAACCUGGGAGGCUUCGGCGGCGGCGGCGGCGCACAGCCGCUGCACCAGGGUGCCGCAGCCGGGGCCGCGUGCGCGCAGGGCACCUUACAGGGCAUCCGAGCCUGGUAG